UCCAACAUGGCGGAAGAGGAGGUGCAGAAGCUGCAGAAGCACCUGAGCCUGCUGCGGCAGGAGUAUGUGAAGAUGCAGCAGAAGCUGGUGGAGACCGAGCGGCAGUGCGCCGUGCUGUCGGCCCAGACCUCGGGCCCGGGCACCUCGGCCGCCAGCGACUCCUUCAUCAGCCGCCUGCUGGCCAUCGUGGCCGACCUCUACCAGCAGGACCAGUACAGCGACUUGAAAGUGAAGGUUGGAGACCAGAGCUUCAGUGCCCAUAAAUUUGUGUUGGCUGCUCGCAGCGAUGUGUGGAGCUUGGCCAACAUGGCCUCCACCUCCGAACUGGACCUGUCAGAAGCUAAACCGGAGGUUGCCAUGGCGAUGCUACGCUGGGCUUACACGGACGAGCUGGAGCUCAGCGAAGACGAUGCCUUCCUCAUAGACCUCAUGAAGCUGGCCAACCGCUUCCAGCUGCACCUGCUGCGGGAAAGGUGUGAGAAAGGUGUGAUGUCGUCGGUCAACGUGAGGAACUGCAUCCGCUUCUACCAGACGGCCGAGGAGCUGGACGCCGCCACGCUGAUGAACUACUGCGGGGAGAUCAUCGCCAGCCACUGGGACGACCUGAGGAAAGAGGACUUCACCACCAUGAGCGCGCAGCUGCUUUACAAGAUGAUCAAGUCCAAGACGGAGUUCCCUCUCCACAAAGCCAUCAAGGUGGAGCGCGAAGACGUGGUCUUCCUCUACCUCAUCGAGAUGGACGCACAGCUGCCAGGGAAGCUGAACGAGCUCGACAACAAUGGAGACCUGGCUCUGGACUUGGCCCUGUCUCGCAAGCUGGAGAGCAUAGCCACCACCCUGGUCAACAACAAGGCCGACGUAGACAUGGUGGAUCAGAGUGGCUGGAGCCUCCUACACAAAGCCAUCCAGCGAGGGGAUGAGUUUGCCUCCAUCUUCCUGAUCCGGCACUCGGCGCAGGUGAACGCGGCCACGGUGGGGGCGGUGGAGACGCCGCUGCACCUGGUGUGCUCCUUCAGCCCCAAGAAGCACAGCGAGGAGGUCAUGAAGGGCAUGGCCAGCAUCGCAGAGGCCCUGCUCAAGGCCGGAGCCAAUGCCAACAUGCAAAACAGCAAGGGCAGAACCCCUUUGCAUGAAGCUGUGGUUUCAGGAAACGAGCCAGUAUUCAAGCAGCUACUCCAGUGUAAACAGUUAGAUCUGGAGCUGAUGGACCAUGAGGGCAGCACGGCGCUCUGGCUGGCGAUCCAGUACAUCACGGUGGCCUCCGACCCCUCCGUCAACCCCUUCGAAGACAACGCGCCGGUGGUCAACGGCACGACGUUCGACGAGAACAGCUUUGCGGCCCAGCUCAUCCAGAGGGGCAGCAACCCCGAUGCUCCAGACUCAGCCACAGAUAACUGCCUUAUGCAGAGGGCAUCCCUUGCCAACAGCGAGGCUGCGGCUCUGUUCUUGGCCACCCAUGGAGCGAAGGUCAACCACACUAACAAAUGGGCAGAGACUCCGCUCCACACGGCGUGCCGCUGUGGCCUGGCCAACCUGACGGCCGAGCUGCUCCAGCAGGGGGCCAACCCCAACCUGCAGACCGAGAGCGCCGUGCCCGAGAGCGGGGAGCGCGUCUCCCUCCAGAGCCCCCUCCACAUGGCCAUCGCCUACAACCACCCCGACGUGGUGUCCGUCAUCCUGGAGCAGAAAGCUAACGCACUCCACGCCACCAACAACCUACAGAUCAUUCCAGACUUCAGUCUCAAAGACUCCAUGGAUCAGACCGUGUUGGGUCUUGCCCUAUGGACAGGUAUGCACACGAUUGCGGCCCAGCUGUUGGGCUCUGGAGCCGCCAUUAACGACCCCAUGUCAGACGGGCAGACCCUCCUACACAUGGCCAUCCAGAGGCAGGACAGCAAGAGCGCCCUCUUCCUGUUGGAGCACCAGGCGGACAUCAACGUCAGGACCACGGACGGACAGACAGCUCUGCAGUUGGCCAUAAGCAACCAGCUCCCUCUAGUGGUGGAUGCCUUGUGCACGCGCGGGGCGGACAUGUCUGUGGCCGAUGAGAACGGCAACCCCCCACUGUGGCUGGCCCUGCAGAGCAACCUAGAGGACAUCGCCUCGACACUGGUCAGGCAUGGCUGUGAUGCCACCUGCUGGAGUCCGGGCCCCGGGGGGUGCCAGCAGACCCUCCUCCAUCGCGCCAUCGACGAGAACAACGAGGUGACCGCCUGCUUCCUGAUUCGCAGUGGGUGUGACGUGAACAGCCCGCGGCAGCCCGGCGCUAACGGCGAGGGGGACGAGGAGGCUCGUGACGGCCAGAGCCCGCUGCACCUGGCGGGCUGCUGGGGCCUGGAGGAGGUGGUGCAGUGCCUGCUGGAGUUUGGGGCCAACGUCAACGCACAGGACGCCGAGGGCCGGGCGCCCAUCCACGUGGCCAUCAGCAACCAGCACGCCGUCAUCAUCCAGCUGCUCAUCUCGCACCCGGACAUCCGGCUGAACCUGCGCGACCGCCAGGGCAUGACCCCCUUCGCCUGCGCCAUGACCCACAAGAACAACAAGGCCGCCGAGGCCAUCCUCAAGAGAGAGCCGGGAGCAGCCGAGCAGGUGGACAACAAAGGACGCAACUUCCUGCACGUGGCCGUGCAGAACUCCGACAUCGAGAGCGUCCUGUUCCUGAUCAGCGUCCAGGCCAACGUGAACUCCAGAGUCCAGGACGCCGCCAAGCUCACCCCGCUCCACCUGGCCGUGCAGGCCGGCUCAGAGAUCAUCGUCCGCAAUCUGCUUCUGGCGGGGGCCAAAGUGAACGAGCUGACCAAACACCGGCAGACCGCGCUGCACCUGGCCGCCCAGCAGGACCUGGCCACCAUCUGCUCCGUGCUGCUGGAGAACGGCGUCGACUUCACCGCCGUCGACGAGAACGGCAACAACGCGCUGCACUUGGCUGUGAUGCAUGGUCGUCUGGGCAACGUACGAGUGCUCCUCACAGAGUCCAACAUAGACGCGGAGGCCUACAAUCUAAGGGGCCAGUCACCAAUGCAUGUACUGGGCCAUUACGGGAAGGAAAACGCUGCGGCCAUCUUCGAGCUCUUCCUGGAGUGCAUGCCUGAAUACCCCCUGGACAAACCGGACAAUGAAGGGAACACGGUUCUUCUGUUAGCCUACAUGAAAGGAAACGCCAACCUGUGCCGUGCCAUCGUGAGGUCAGGCGCUCGUCUGGGCGUCAACAACAACCAGGGCGUCAACAUCUUCAACUACCAGGUGGCAACCAAGCAGCUGCUCUUCCGCCUUCUAGAUAUGCUAUCCAAAGAGCCUCCAUGGUGUGAUGGAUCAAACUGCUAUGAGUGCGCAGCCAAGUUCGGAGUAACCACAAGAAAACACCACUGCCGCCACUGUGGACGCUUGCUUUGCCACAAGUGCUCUGUGAAGGAGAUCCCCAUCAUCAAGUUUGAUUUGAACAAACCCGUGCGCGUGUGCGACAUCUGCUUCGACGUGCUGACUCUGGGCGGGGUGUCCUAACACUCAACACGAACACCACCACCACCACCACCACCACCGUCGCCGAGAGUGGAGGGCAUCAGUCGCUGCGCCAGAGAGGCAGGUUGGCACCGAGGUGUGGCACAUGCCAAUGGAAUGAAGUGGCAAAGAAAAAAAAAAAGAAGCCCUGGACAAAAAAAUAUAUAUAAAUAUAUAUGUAUUUGGACCACAACUUACUGUACUAUUCCAGUCUGUCAGAGGAAACGACAAACGAACAAAAAAAAAAUCAAGCGAUGUGUAUGUUAUAGCUGUACUUUUUUAGAAGUGCACCAUCAUCUGGGGGAUCAACCUGACAAAGCGUUAGAAGGAGAAAGCGGCUUAGCUGAUGAUGAAGGCGAUUCCAAGGUUGCUGCCAAGUCCCAUGUAAUGAACCUCGGAUCUAUCACGGUCAUGCAUUGUGAGUAUUACAGAUUAGAUGAAGUUGGAUGAGAUGGUAUUUGAGAGACCAAGCCAAGUCAUGAUAAGACGUUGAUAUAAUUUUACGUUUAGCAUUUAAAAACCCACAGAUUCGUCAUUCACAAACGGGUGCAUACCCGAUGAUACACAGCGCAAGGCAAGACAUUCUCAAUCAACAUUCGAACUCAUUGUUUAUCGCAAACAAGUUCACAGCACCACAUGCCGUGGAUAAAUCCUCACACUGAAAAGAUUUUGUUUGUUAGUCUCCUGUGUGCGGCAGGAAGGUGUUUGUUAACGGGACGGGCCAGUGGCCCUAAUUAGAGGAAUGUGUGUAACUGUCUCCAAAAAAAACAUUAUAAUGCUGAGCCAAAGGGCAUAGGUCCACCUCAAAUGUUCGGAAUGAUUUCCUGGUUCAGUCCCUAAGCUCUCAAGUCCUGAGGGAACGCUGCUGGUUCUGGCUGUGCUGUGGGCCAGGCAUACUGUGUUUCAGGAACAAAACAUGUUUUCUGAAACUAUCAUUUUUAGUCAACGAUUCAUUGAAGUGUGAAGUGGUAUAACACUAAUACAAUAAAGAGGAAGUGUAUUUACUCGUAAAAUGAACAUCGCCUUGCCAGCCCUGUCUUGCAUCUUCGUAUACGUUCAAAGGCUUUUGUCAACAGUUCAAAGGGCCGUUAUGAACAGGUCGACUUUGGCAUUGUUGAUUCAUAUGCCUACAUUUUUGUCUGUGAACAUUAUUUCCAUCCCCUUUAUGAUUUUCAGUAUUUAUUACCCAUGAAGUAGUGCAAUCUGGAAUGGAUCAGAGUUGGAUCUGGAUCCAUCUCAGAGUUUGCAGCUGCGUGGGUAAUAAGAACUGCACUUGCGGAAUCAGCUUAUUUACUUUUAGGUUUUGUUUCUCUGUAAACAUCUCAAGUAAAGACUGUCCUUCAGGUGGAACAAAACAGUUGGAUGACAUACCUACUAUGCAUAUGCAUGACAUUUAAUUUGCAGCCUUAGUGUUUGUUGUUCUAUCAUAAUCAUGUUCAUUGCUCUUUGAGGGCACCAAAGGAUCCAUUCCAUUCAGUCUUUGGCCUAUGUGUGUGAGUUGUGGGAGAUCUUGCUCUAUAUUUUUUUGUACUUUUGAUUUUUGCAUAAAUUCAAAUGUUAUCUUGACCUAUCAUGUUUUAAAAUGCUUCUCCGUGACAGAGCUGAACAGGUGCACUUUAUCAAAUUACAUUUUGACAUUUCUGAUCAGUCUAUGGUCCGCUCUAGGUAUUGUUAAAUUGUACAGAUAAAAUGUAUGAUAUUUUUGACCACUACAACUGUUUUGUACUUAAUGCAGUUUGUGCUUUUUUGUCUAUGUGACAAACCUAAAUCUCGCCUCUUAAUCUUUUAUGCACAUUGUUUAAUCUUUUAUGCACAUUGUAUCGUAUCUGUAUGCUCAGAUAUCUAGCCUGUCACUUCCUCUAGUAUCCUUUUCAAGAAAGGGAGGACAACUUUACAUAAAGGUCAUAAUAAUAAAAAAUAGCCUG